AGGGGCCCGGGGCGGAGGAGGCACCCCCUCCCCAUCCGCCCUCCGCGGCUCUCACCCGGGGCCACCGGGCCGGGGGGGAAUGCGGAGGAAGGGAGCGUCUGUCCGGGCGGCCCAGGGGACAGAGCCCCCGCCACUGGGGCUGGGCCCGAGGUGGCGGGCUGGGGGUCUGGGGGGGUGUGGUGAGCGCUGGCGGGCGGAGUUGGGGGGAGGGGAUGCGCCUGGAGAGGAAGGGGUUAAAGGUGGGGCCAGCCCUACAAACACGCGCACACACUCCUUACUCAGACCCGGUCACACGCGGCUCCCUGGCACUUAAUGGGGGAGGUUUGGGGGGUGGUGCUGGGGCCCGGGCUUGAGCCACCUUCACUCCAGGCUCCUGCUGCCCGGCUUUGGGAGGUCGCGGACCCCGCUGUCUCAACUCAGACCUCACGCCGAGCCCCCUCUCCUACGCGCACACACGCUCCGGCGCGCGCGCACACACCUCGGACAUUCCCAUAGUGCCUCACGUGACACACGGCCCCGAACGUGCCCACCCUUCACACACGCUCACGCACGCGUGCACACACGCGCACACACAAACACACAAGGCUUCCUGGCCACUUUCCAACUCCAUUCCCGACCCCCAGCCACCCCCAGCGCAGCCCUGCGAAGGCACUCAUUGACUGUGACACACCUACACUCAUUCACAGACACACACACUCCCCCCCCACACAUGCCAACCACAGACACACAUUCAUAAACAGGGCCAGAAGUACACACGCACCCUCUCGCGCGUACUCUUUCGGAGCCCUGAGUCAUUCCUGCCCCCUCCCAGGGCUCCUCACUUCCCUGUGUGCAGGCACAUUGGCGGGCUGGGGAAUUCUUCGGUGGACCCUUUCCAGGGCCCCCCACCCUCUGUGUGUUCCCUCUGACGCUCUGUGAGGACUUCCUGUGGGUCCCAGAUCAGGGGCCGGGAGGGCCUGGAGGGUUGCCACAACCCUGGUCUGAGUGGGGGAGGCACUUCCUUUUCCUGAACUCUGGGAUCCUGCAGGAAGAAGCUGGGAAGUUGGGCGGGGGCCCCCACAGAGGACGUGCUGACAGUGGUGGGGCUGACUCUCCCAGAAGCACUGGGCCUUAGUGAGGAGCCAGGGGUGCCAGAGGCCGGGGAUGAGGAACGUGGCAGAGAGGAGGCCCAGUGGGGGCCGAGGCCCAGGCCCUUGCCAUGGAGUCCAUGUUUGAAGAUGACAUCAGCAUCCUGACCCAGGAGGCACUGGGGCCCAGUGAGGUGUGGCUGGAUGCCCCAGGAGACCCCUCACUGGGAGGGGACAUGUGCUCUGCCUCCCACUUUGCCCUCAUCACAGCCUAUGGGGACAUCAAGGAGCGGCUGGGGGGCCUGGAGAGGGAGAAUGCCACCCUCCGCCGCCGUCUCAAAGUCUACGAGAUCAAGUACCCGCUGAUCAAUGACUUUGGAGAGGAGCAUGGCUUCUCUCUGUAUGAAAUCAAGGAUGGCUCCCUGCUGGAGAUGGAGAAGGUCAGCCUGCAGCAACGGCUCAACCAGUUCCAGCAUGAGUUGCAGAAGAAUAAGGAGCAGGAAGAACAGCUUGGGGAGAUGAUCCAGGCUUAUGAGAAACUUUGCGUGGAGAAGAGCGACCUGGAGACAGAGCUGGGGGAGAUGCGGGCCCUGGUGGAGACCCACUUGCGGCAAAUCUGUGGUUUGGAACAGCAGCUACGGCAGCAGCAAGGCCUCCGGGACGCAGCCUUCCCCAGCCCGAGCCCCCCACCUGCCCCUGCCCCACCUUGUACUGAUCUGGACCUGCACUACUUGGCACUGAGAGGGGGAUCUGGCUUGAGUCACGCAGGCUGGCCGGGCCCCACACCCAGUGUGAGUGAGCUGGAGCGACGGCGUUUGGAAGAGGCUCUGGAGGCUGCCCAGGGUGAGGCCCGGGGGGCUCAGCUUCGGGAAGAGCAGCUCCAGGCCGAGUGCGAGAGGCUGCAGGGAGAGCUGAAGCAGCUGCAGGAGAGCCGGGCCCAGGAUCUCGCCUCCAACCAGUCAGAGCGGGACAUGGAGUGGGUGAAAAGAGUCGGGGAUGAUCAGGUGAAUUUGGCGCUGGCUUACACGGAGCUGACAGAGGAGCUGGGCCGGCUUCGGGAGUUGAGUUCCCUGCAGGGGAGGAUCUUGAGGACUCUGCUGCAGGAGCAGGCCCGGAGUGGCGGCCAGAGGCACUCGCCUCUGUCGCAGCGCCACUCCCCGGCCCCCCAGUGCCCCUCCCCGUCCCCGCCCGCCCGAGCGGCGCCCCCGUGCCCCCCGUGCCAGUCCCCCGCCCCCCAGCGCCGCUCCCCCGGGCCCCCGUGCCCCUCGCCCCAGCAGCGCCGCUCGCCGGCCUCGCCCUCCUGCCCGUCGCCCGUCCCGCAGCGCCGCUCGCCGGUGCCGCCGCCGUGCCAGUCUCCCAGCCCGCAGCGCCGCUCCCCGGGGCCCCCCACCUGCCCCGCCCCGCAGCCCCGGCCCCCGCCGCCCCCGCCGCCGGGCGAGAGGACGCCGGCCGAGCGCGCCUACGCCAAGCCGCCCAGCCACCACGUGAAGGCCGGCUUCCAGGGCCGGCGCAGCUACUCGGAGAUGGCGGAGGGCGCGGGCUACGCGGGGGCCUCGCCGCCCUGGCUGCAGGCCGAGGCGGCCACGCUGCCCAAGCCGCGGGCCUACGGCGGCGAGCUCUACGGGCCCGGCCGGCCGCUCAGCCCGCGACGCGCCUUCGAGGGCAUCCGGCUGCGCUUCGAGAAGCAGCCCUCCGAGGAGGAGGAGUGGGCCGUGCCCACCAGCCCGCCCAGCCCCGAGGCGGGCACCAUCCGCUGCGCCUCGUUCUGCGCGGGCUUCCCCAUCCCAGAGUCGCCCGCCGCCACCGCCUACGCCCACGCCGAGCACGCGCAGUCCUGGCCGUCCAUCAACCUGCUGAUGGAGACAGUGGGCUCUGACAUCCGCAGCUGCCCCCUCUGCCAGCUAGGUUUCCCUGUUGGGUACCCGGAUGAUGCCCUCAUCAAACACAUUGACUCCCACCUGGAGAACAGCAAGAUCUAGGGUGCCUCCCCCACCCCCUGGCUGUUUCUCCAUCUUCUCUCAUCACCCCCACUCACUCGCUCACUUUGAAUGCUGCAUGAAUCUCGUGGGGGGCCCUUGCCCCUUGCGACCCCCAGAUACCUCCACUAGCUACCGAGUCAACGUGUGUGCCGUCUUCCCUGGUCCAGGCACCACUCAGCCCUGGCUCUUCCUGGAAGGCCAGCCGAGGCUGUCCCCAGCUCCCUGGCUUCCACUGGGGAGGUGGGGAUCUGGGCUGAGAUGGGGAGGGGCGUACCCCACCCAGCCUCUCUCUCUGCCUUUCUGUUCUCAGACAGGGUUGGAUCCGUCGCCACCGCCUGCCCGCCUGCCCGCUGCUUGGGCCUGGGGGAGGGGGAGGGUAUCAGAGGACUCCAGGAGCUCCCCUAGCCACUCCCCGGAUGUCCAUCUUUCUCAGGCUGUGCUCUGUCCAGGGAGCGCCUCCCUGUGGGGUCCCAGAGCCUGCCUUGCACACUGAUGCCAGUUCCUCCGUCCCAUGGCCAGCUCGGGGCUCUUGGCAUGGGCCCCUCCCCCUUGGGGGAAGGAGGCAUCUUGUUUCUUGCCAUUCCCUGCAGGCCGGUCUUGUUCUCCUCUGCUCCCCUGGGGAAUAAGGAGGGUGGGAGAGGAGAGGGAAGACCCUGGAGGACUGGAGGGAUUCAGCCUAAAGAGGCUGCCCUGAGGGUGGGGAUGAGAGGCGGGGGCCAUCCUGCAACUUGACCCUCAGGCCAGGGGAGUAUCUGUGCUAGCCUCCCAGGCCCCUGCCUCCCCCUGGAGCCCCUAGCACCAAGACACAGAUUGUUAAGACAGAUGCUCCCCUUCACCCUUACCCCUCUCGAGUCCCUGACACCACAGGUGCCCUGGAGCCCGUGUGUGACUCGGCCUCUGAUAGCUGGGUGGGUGUCAUCAUCCCUGCCUCCCAGGCCAGAACCUGUGGAUGGGCCCAGGGUGCUGUUGGAGAUCAACUUCAAAAGAGCUAACCCCCUUCCCACACCCCAGCGACCCACAUUCCCUCUGUGAAAUCUACCUCAGAGUCGUACCCUCAGAAGGAUGGGUAAGCAGGAGGCCAGGGGGUCCCCAGGGCUGAGGUGGGGAGCUUCCUAUGGCAAGAGCCUGCUGCCCCACGAUGAAUCCAACCCCCCCACUGCGAGCCUCUCCCAGGUCUCAGCCCCGGGCUGGUGGCAGUGGGCGCUACCGUCAGUGCAUGUACCAUUCUGAUCCAACACUUCCAGGCACCCCCGCCUCCUCACACCCCUCCCCUCCUCCUCAGUGCAGGGGAGUGAAGAGGUGUAUCAGGCAGGAAGGGGCCAAGGACUCCAGAGACACAUGGCAUUGUACCUUGAGUGUUCCCCCAGGGAGGGGAAAUGAGAAGGGGGCCUGGAGAGGGGAGGUGGGGGCCCCUGAGCUCUCUGAACAAGUUUAAAGUCCAAAUAAAACUUACCUGUUCCAUCUGCUCUUGGUCUGUGCCCUCCGUGGCUGGGGUGGGGAGAAAACCCUUGGUCGCGGGAGGUCUGGCAAAACCCAAGGAACCACAACUAUGGCAGGGUGGGCCAUGUUUUCUUUAUUUUGAUGUUUAUUUAUUUUGAGAGAGAGUGAGAGCAAGGGAGGGGCAGAGAGAGAGAGAGAGGGAGGGAGAGAAUUCAAACAGGCUCCAUGUAGUGCUGAGCCCGCCUCGGGGCUCGAACUCACAGACCAGGAGAUCAUGACCUGAGCUGAAAUCAGGAAUCGGCCACUCAACUGGCUGAACCACCCAGGCACCCUGACAUGGAGUGUAUUUAAAAGAGAUCCGGAGCAGUAGAGGGUGUCUUUGUGACAAUGCAGCCAGCCACCCAGCCCUGAGCAGUUGUCUGGGGCUCGAAUUUUCCCUCCCAGCAGGUCUGGCAGGUAGAGGUUCUGAAGCCUUGGGGCUUCAGCAGCAACUGUUUCUUCAUCAAAUGAUUUUUGCAUGCCAGGAAC